AUGCUACAGGCUGAGACGAUCCAGAUCCUGUGCCUGACGGCCACAAGCGGGGUUCCGCUCUUCUCUCGUGGUUCCUCCAAACAGCUGCCCUUCUCUGUCAUCGGCUCUCUAAAUGGCGUCCACAUGUUCGGAGCCGGUCAGAACACGACGCUUUCUAGCUGUGAGACGGACCGGGGCGGUCGCGUCAUGUGGAGAGUGUUCCAGGAGAGCUUGAUGCUUAUUGCAGUAAGCGGCAACAGUGCGACGAGUGAAUUACAGCUGCGCCGCUUGCUGGAAAAUACCUGGAACUGCAUGGUGCUUGUGCUAGGUCUGGAGGAGCUGGGUAACUUGCGUAACGUCGAGCGCCUAAAACGGGAGCUUCGCGCCUGUUUUCGCCUAAUCGACCGUUUACUGGGACAGGACGACCAUGAGGGGAUGAUGGGAGAAUUGACCCAGUGUGCAGACUGCCUGUUAACCCCUCAGCCCACCCUGCUACAAGAAGCUUUGGAUGCUUUCACACAGGCUGCCAGCAGUGAGUUUGGCUGCUUGCUGGUCCGCGGACGAGUGGCGGCCGCAACAGAAAAGUGGUGGCGUCUGGCGCCGCAGGAGGUGGUGCUGCUGUCGGCUCUGGUGCGGUCACUCUCAGGCAUGUCCUCCUGUGAUUAUCCCAUCUAUUUACCCCAUGGCAGCCCGACUGUAGCCCACCGACUGCUCCGCUUCCAGCUCCUCCCUGGGGUAGACGUGUGCGUGCUGUGUGGACCCAGUCCAUCCCUGCACCAGGUGGAGAGCGAAUUGGUUGGCUGUUUUUGGUCACCCCUUACAGAGACUCUCCGUCGCUGCUUGGAGCAGGGGGAACGCUGUUUACCUCCGACUGUUAACCUCCACCGGUCCACACUGGCUCUGCUGCUCAUUAACCGUGAAACCCGACGCUCUGUGUCAGUCUGCGCACCACCCCGCGCCAGUCCUUCCCCCCCAGACACUGCUGUACCUCUGCUCUCCGCCAGCAAGUGUUGGGAGCUCCUACGACUCUUCUAUGUGUUUGCGGUGACUCGUUACUUUAGCAUGGAGGAGUCUUCCAGCACCCCGGCUUUGGUGGAUCCCCCCCUCCAGGAGGACUUUUCUCAGGGUUUCUCUCAUUCGCCUGUGCACUGCUACCUGGUAACGGAUGAGUGUAAGUGCUACGGCCUUCAGACCCCUCAGCAUCAGCUUUACCUGCUGAUGGAUCUGACUGUGCCCACCUUCGCCCUGCGCUCUAUUGCCACACAGACACUCUCCACCGUCACCAUGGCAAUGGGGUUUUAG